AUGUCGACGAAAUCCUCCAACAGCAUCGACAGUCGCACGGAGUUGGUCGAACUUGUAAAGCGGAAAGCCGAAAUUUCGGAUACGCUUGCCAAUUUGGAACGGCAAAUUUAUGCUUUUGAAGGUUCAUAUCUGGAGGAUACACAACUGUACGGAAACAUCAUUCGCGGCUGGGAUCGCUACUUAACCACGAACAAAACUACCAAUUCCAAAGCGGACAAACGAAAUAGGAAGUUUAAGGAAGCGGAACGACUCUUCUCCAAAUCAUCCAUCACCUCAAUGGCGGCCGUCAGUGGACUGGUGGAUACGAGCGACACAAAGCAUGAGCGUAACUCCGAAUCCGAUUCGAUGACGAACGACGACUCUAGCGACAACCAGGUCGGUGGUUCCCACUCGACCGUGAAUCAUUCCUCCGCGGCUGGAAAUCGUGAACCAACCACACCGGUCGUAGUGUCAAACUCGGGCGCAGCAGUCACAGACGGACCGCUGAAAAACUCCGUUAACAAAACAUUGUCCAGCCAGUCCAAGGCAAACUCUGCCGACAAAUCGUCAUCCGGUGCCACUACAGGGGUGCUGAACCGUGCGACUUCACCUACCACCAAGGAGUCGACUAAUAGCUCCGGCCUAGCGAAAGAACCGACUACAAACAGUAGCAGCUCCACGCCCAGCAGCACGGCCAAACAUAAAGCCAGCAAUAUCGGUUCGAUGAAGAAGGGAAGUUCCAAUAAAAAGGUGCGCCAUCGCUAGCGCGAAUCUCAACACCGAAGAGUCAAGCGGUUCGGCAAGAAGUCGGUGCUACGGCAGACCUAGAUCUUAACAAUGUACAUGUGACACUUGG